AUGUCAUCGGUGGACGUGGCCCGAUCACGGCGGGAGACGGUUCGCUCCUGUCCACGACGCAUAUCUGACACUUGCCUGGUGUGGCUGCUGGGCUUGGCGCUGCGCCUUGCGCUAUCCUCCUGCCAACGGGCAGACCUCACCGCCGCCAAGCACCCUAUGGUCACCACAGGCUACGGGAAGCUUCGGGGAGUACGCAAGGAGCUGAACAAUGAGAUUCUAGGCCCGGUCGAGCAGUACUUGGGUGUCCCCUACGCCACCCCGCCAGUGGGCGAGAGACGCUUCCAACCCCCGGAGGCACCCGGCUCCUGGCAGGAGAUCCGUAACGCUACUCAGUUUGCACCCGUUUGCCCGCAGAACAUCCAUGGGGUGCUGCCAGAGAUCAUGCUUCCCGUAUGGUUCACUGACAACCUGGAUGCAGCCGCUGCUUACGUACAGAACCAGAGCGAGGACUGCCUUUACCUCAAUGUCUAUGUUCCCACAGAGGAUGGUCCGCUCACAAAAAAACACGAUGAGUCUUCAAUGAACAGACCGAGGGACGAAGAUAUUAGAGAUCGUCGGAAGAAGCCUGUGAUGUUGUUCAUCCAUGGUGGUUCAUUUAUGGAGGGAACGGGAAACAUGUUUGAUGCAAGCGUUCUUGCGGCCUAUGGAAAUGUGAUUGUCGUCACUAUGAACUACAGAUUGGGUGUUCUGGGUUUUCUAAGCUCAGGAGAUCAGUCUGCGAAAGGGAAUUAUGGGCUACUGGACCAGAUUCAAGCCCUGCGUUGGCUCAAUGAGAACAUCGGGCACUUCGGAGGAGACCCGGAGAGAAUCACCAUUUUUGGCUCCGGCGCUGGAGCCUCUUGCGUCAAUCUUCUCAUCCUGUCCCAUCAUUCUGAAGGUUUGUUCCAGAGGGCCAUUGCGCAGAGCGGCUCUGCCAUAUCCAGUUGGUCAGUGAACUACCGGCCCCUGAUGUACACCAAGAUCCUGGCCAAGAAGGUGGGCUGCAGUUACAGUGACACUGCAGAUCUGGUUGACUGUCUGCGAAGGAAAAGCUACAGGGAGCUGGUGGAUCAGGAUGUCCAACCUGCCCGAUACCACAUUGCGUUUGGACCAGUGGUGGAUGGAGAUGUGGUCCCUGAUGACCCCGAGAUCCUCAUGCAGCAGGGGGAGUUCCUGAACUACGACAUCCUGUUGGGGGUGAACCAAGGUGAAGGGCUGAAAUUUGUGGAUGACAAUGAGGGCGAGGAAGGAAUUUCAGCUGCUUCCUUUGACUACACCAUUUCCAACUUUGUAGACAACCUAUAUGGAUACCCAGAGGGUAAAGACAUAUUGCGGGAGACUAUAAAGUUCAUGUAUACUGAUUGGGCUGAUCGUGACAACGGUGAUAUGCGGCGUAAAACUCUACUUGCACUUUUCACGGACCAUCAAUGGGUGGCGCCAGCAGUGGCCACAGCUAAACUCCAUGCUGAGUUCCAGUCCCCCGUUUAUUUUUAUACAUUCCACCACCACUGCCAGACGGAAGCACGACCCGAGUGGGCAGAUGCAGCACAUGGUGACGAGAUCCCCUAUGUGUUUGGUGUUCCCAUGGUGGGUGCCACAGAACUGUUUCCCUGCAACUUCUCAAAGAACGAUAUCAUGCUCAGUGCUGUGGUGAUGACGUACUGGACAAACUUUGCUAAGACAGGUGAUCCGAACAUUCCAGUACCGCAAGAUACCAAGUUCAUCCAUACUAAGCCCAAUCGCUUUGAAGAAGUUAUCUGGACCAAGUUCAGCUCUAAAGAUAAGCAGUACCUCCACAUUGGGUUGAAGCCUCGAAUCCGGGACAAUUACCGUGCCAACAAAGUUGCCUUCUGGCUUGAGUUGGUUCCUCACCUCCAUACCAUCCAUGAUGAGAUCCCCACCUACACCACGCAACUGCCACCAGGAGCCCCGCACCGGCCUGGUUGGAAGGGCACAGCCCAGAGCCCCGGUACGCGCUCUACUCGCCACCCCACGGUCUCAACCUACCCGCCUGACCCGGACCUUGAAGGUUCUGAGCACCCUCCUGAACGCUUCCCCUUUCCAAGCAAUACACGGGACUACUCAACUGAGCUGAGUGUGACGGUGGCAGUGGGUGCAUCGUUGCUCUUCCUCAACGUGCUGGCAUUUGCCGCAUUGUACUACAAACGCGACAAACGGCAUGAGCUUCUGCAACGCCGGCAUCGCCGCCUCUCUCCCCAGCGUGGGGCAGUGCCAGGUGUUGGGAUAGUGGGAGGUCCACCCCAUAAUGACCUUGCACUGAGUCAGGAGGAGGAGCUAAUGUCCUUGCAGAUGAAGCAGCAGAGGGUAGAGCUUGACCAUGGCACACCCCUUCCAACACGUGGUCUCCACGGCGACCUGGAGCCCCUGAGACCACCUGUGUGCCCGCCGGAUUACACUUUGGCUCUACGGCGGGCACCUGAGGAUGUGCCUCUCAUGACGGCUAACACACUUUCCAUGAUCCCCAGCACCAUCACUGGCAUGCAGCCCCUCCAUGCCUUCAACACGUACCCCCCUGCUCCGGCACCAAGUGCGGGACACAGCAACAACGCCCUGCCCCAUCAGCACUCCACCACGCGAGUAUAG